AUGGCAUCCGUGUUCCAGGUCAUGUUUCCAGAGGCUGCAGGAAUGGGCAGUGGGGAUGCAGCCUUCAUCAGCUCCAGGGGAGCCAGAGAAGGGGCCCUGCCACAGGGAAGCAUCAGAGGAGAGGCCUCCAGAGCUCAGGAUGCAGGAGCAGAGGCAUCUGGCAGGACCAGGGCAUUAAGUAUGCACCUAUGGAUGAAGCAAUCAUCUUGGGCCCCCCAGGAAGGGCCUGGAGAGCUGCAAGCUGGCCAGGAUCAGGCCAAGCUGGAAAGUGAGCUAGUGAAGGGCUUCACUAGCAAGGCUCAGGGAAGGUGUCUGAGGACCAGCAGGGUACACAGCAGGACCCAGGGACAGUGGAGGUUCAGGGCCCCAAGAGCUGCCAGAUGUCAAGUGCCCAGGCUGUGUGGGCCACUGGAUAUUCUGGAUAUAUUUGAUGUUCCACAGCAAGCCUUUACAACUUAUGUCCGGAGUGGCACCGCAGUAUGUCAAUGGGUGCUGGAGGCAGGAAGGAGUGGUGAGGCUGUGGAGACCCAGCCAGCACCGGAGCCUCUUCCUCCACCAGAGGUGAGGGACACUGGAGAGAAGAUAGAUCUGGACCGUGUGCCGAAGCAGCCUCAGGAGCCCGUGGUGGCGGCAGGGGCCCAGAACCUGGGGAGCCCCAGACACGGCUUCAUGAAGCCUGGGCCCUGCCAAAGGAAGGCCCCGAGGACCCUGAUGCCCGUGUCCACCUCCGCCCCAGGCCUGCCUCUGAACCGGUCUCAGACCCCCGCCUCGGCCCCUGCCAUGGUCCCACCCUGGGGGUGGCCAGCCCCUGCCCCCGUGGGAGCCCCGCUUCUGGCCUCAGCGCCCAUCACAGCCCUGCCGGCCCCCGCCCGGGACCUGGGCUGGAGAAGGGCGGAGCUCCUGCGCCAGAGCACAGAGAGGAGCCGGAGCUCCACCAGGCACGAGGAUGCCAGGCAGGAAGGUGGUGGGAGGGAUGGAAUGAAUGGUGAAAACAAGAACAAUCCCAGCUUACAUGAGCCCACUGCCCACCCCAGCUUCUGCAGUUACUUUGCCAUCGUCAAUGGUCAUGGCGAGGUGGAUGCGCAGAGCCUGGAGAACUUCCUGCUCCUUGUGGGCAUCUCGCUGACACCGGCCCAGGUGGAGGACGCCUUGAUGAGUGCUGAUGUCGACAGAGAUGGCCAUGCAGGCUUCAAAGACUUCUUGGCUGUGAUGACAGACACCUAGCGCUUCUGCUCUGUGGAACAGAACUCCCUGAAGGACAUGGCUCCCCCGAACCCCUACACUCUGCUCUUUGAGAUCCUGUCCCUGCUGGUGGAGAUGCUGGCCUUACCUGAGACAGCUUUAGAGGAGAUCACCAAGUAUUACCAUAGGAAAAUGAAGGAAGGCACCGGUAAGGCCUGAGAGAUGGUCGCCAUAGGCCGGUGGCGGUCCCCAAAGAAGCUUCCCUACAACCCCCAGGAGGCAGACACCUUGGAAGUCCGACGAAGGAUCCUCAGGGUCCUGAGCCGGCGGAAGCAGCAGAACCGCGCUACCAACCUGCAGAGCCCCUACACCCAGGUACCCUGCAUCCUGCUCUGCCCACGGCUGGACAAGAAGACAGUCUGCCGUUAGAAGGGCAGCCACUACGUGCUGGAUCAGUGCACUCCCAGAGGCCUGGGCCCGGACAUCCAUAGCCUCUUCUUCCCGUCACGAUCUCAAGGAAGCGGGGAAUACAGCUCUGACAGCCGAAAGUGGCUCAGCUCUGUGCUGGCUCGAAUCCACUGA